AUGGCUACUACGUGUAAGCAGGUAGAUUACGGAUAUGGAUCAACAAAUGGCCCCCACACUUGGUGCCUGACCUGUUCUGCUGCUGCUGGCGCUAGACAGUCUCCAAUAAAUAUUGUCCGGCACCGUUGCGUGGAAGAUUUAUCGCUUGGUUCCAUUAAAAUUGUUUCAUUACAAAAUGUUUCCGAACUUUUCACAAGGAAGAAACACAACUUUCAGGUCUCCUUUGCAAAUAAAAAGGCUUCGUUUGUUGAAGGCGGUCCAUUGAAGGGAAGAUAUUACCUUCAGCAGUUCCACUGUCAUUGGGGUUGUGAAGACGGCUGGGGGUCUGAGCACCAAAUUGAUGGCCGCAGUUUUGGUGGUGAAUUGCAUUUGGUUUUCAUGAAUGAGAAACACAACUCAAUUGAAGAGGCCACUAGAGACUCCGAGGGGCUUUGUGUAAUUGGCGUGUUUUUCAAGGUGGAUAACACAGAAAACCUGCAAAUAAAGCCACUUAUUGAUGUCAUCAAAUCAUCAAAACCCAACAGCGAACAACCCAUUAAUGAAUACAUCGACGUAAAACAUCUCAUUCCAAGUCUCAGUCGCUACUUCACAUAUGAGGGUUCUCUCACAACGCCGCCCUGCGCUGAAUGCGUUCGUUGGAUCAUCUGCGCCGAACCACUGAGAAUUUCUACGGAACAGCUGGCUGCUAUGCGCACAAUGCACUGCUGCAACGACUGCAACACCAACGAGAAUUUCCGUCCACCCCUGCCAUUGGGUAAACGAAAAGUCACCUGUUCGUUCUCGCAAAACCUCCACUAG